CGCGGCGGCCUUACCGGCGGCGCGUGCCGAGGGCGCAGAGCGGGCCGGGAUGGCGGCGGCGGCGGCGACGGGCACCGAGCGGCUCCGCGAUGGCAGCUGCCACUUCCAGCGCUCCCGGCUCAUCUGGAUGAUCGCCAUCACCUUCGGCAUGAUCGUCCUCGGCUGGGUAACACUUUGGCCUUCAACUAUACCUUAUCGUUACCUGGGAAUAUUUGGUACCUUCCUCAAUUACUUAGUGGAACACCACCACAAAUGGGUGUGCUAUGGGUUCUGGGUAUCCUGGUUGAUUCACGUAGUAGAAGCCUUCUACGGUGUUAAGUUAUGCCAAUCUAAAGGAAUCACUGACCCGGCAGUUCAGUUCCACUGGUUCCUUCAAACACUUUUAUUUGGAUAUGCUUCCUUUGGCCUUCUGGUGUGUUACAAACCUUCAGCCAAGAAGCAGUAGCAGAAGACUGUGAAAGAAGUCACUUUUCCCAUUCUUCCUCCUUAUUUUUCAGAAAAUAUCCUCACUGAUAUGUCUAGGUGCUAUAAUUAGCUCAAUUGCAUUCCUGCUACACAAUGCAGUGCCCUUCUACCUGAGUAACUCUCCUUUUACCAAGAAAGACAAGUAAAAUUCACAGGACCCUGUGGCAGUUCAGUAGAAAUUCAGCCCUUAAGCCUUGGCACUGUCAAGGUUUAAUCCCACUUACUAUGCAAGUAGUUUAUUCCUCUGCAGUUUUCAACAUGGACUGCAUACUCCAACUGUCAUUGAAAAGUCCCCAACAGCUGGUAGAAGCAGUUGAUGAAUUACCUUUUAAUGUAGAAGAAUGGUGAUUUGUAACAGAGUUAUUUGCAGCCACAAAGCAACUUGCACCUGUUUUGUGAUAGGAUUUAAAUCUACCCAUAUUUUCUCUACAGGGCUGGGUUUGUUGUUGUCGUUGUUAGAGCCUGGUUAUUGCGCUUCGUUUUGUCAACUUGUUUUCUUCCACAAAGGACAGAGCACUGUAUUGCUGCAGGCACACUAAAAAGACCAAGUCUCUCUUCAGGUUGAGGUGCAAGUGAUGAGCUUGGAUACAUAAAACACUUAAAUUUGGUUUAAUAUAUGUGCCUUGAAUGUCAUGCAGCAUGACCUCAUCUUUUGAGUGAAGAUUUUAAUCUUUGAGUUAAUAUAGUAUAAAGUAGUAAUUCUGUAGCUUUGAGGGCAGCUUAUUUUAAAAGUUAUUUAUUAUCCAAGAGAAAAGGAAAAAUUAAUUAGCAUUCCAAAACCUAGCUGAAAAUUUUGUAUUUGUGAAUAAAAUUUCAUGAGUGAGUAAAAUACACAACAUAUACCACUGUUUCUUAGAUGCUGGUAUAUUGAAAUCUAUGGGUAAGAGACCAUCUUAAGCACCUCUUAGAGUACUUCCUGUAUGUGUAGUGAGCCCUUUAUCAUACUGUCUUUUAUUUCUGAAUAUUUGAACAAGAGUUUAGCCUGUCUUGUAAUAGCACUUUUAAAAUAACUAUUAAAAAAAUACUAUGGUGUGGGGAGAAGCUUUACCAUGCCACUGGUGGUGCUACUAGUCUAGAAGAAUGGACAAGAGAAGGUUCUUUUCUUAAAGAGCUCCACAAAGCAGCAACAAGCUUAUGUCUUGUGCAGUACCUACAGCCUGUAACACUUUCUGAUGGAGAAAUCUCAUUGAAGCACAGCUGCAUAAAGUUUGUGCUUUUCAGUGGGUACUAAAAGCAAGAAGAAAUGAAGGGUUGAAAUGGUGGUUUGUUUUCUUUUGGUGGUAGUUUGUGGUUUGGUUUUUUUUUUGUUUUUUUUUUUUUGAUGGCAAACUGAUAAAUUAACAUUUUUUAGAGAAGUAGAAAGUCAUGUUUAGUGGCUAGGAAUCCAACAGGAGUGUUAAGAGGCCGAGCUAUGUUUUACUGUGUAAUAUUUUAUCUUUAUCUGUGACCCUGAAAUAAAUAUUAAAAAAAAAAGUUGUUUUUCUUUUUAACUUAUCCUGGAAGUAGAUGUCUAUACAAAAUAAAUAGGGAUCAUCUUGAAACUGA